AUGUUUUAUAUAUUUCAACAGCUUCUAUCUAUCUAUCUAUUUAUCUAUCUAUCUAUCAGUUUAUGUCUCUCUGUCUGUCAGAUUACAAAUAUAUAUCCAUAUCUCCCUCGCUAUCUAUCUCUAUAUCGAUGUAUCUAUCUAUCCAUCUUCUAUCUAUCUAUCUAUCUAUCUAUCUAUUUGCUCUUUUCAUAUUUAUCUUACUUGGCUUUGUUCAUAUCUAACUAUCCAUCUAUCUAUUUACUCUAUUCAUAUCUAUCUACCUGGCUUUGUUCAUAUCUAUCUAUCAUUAUCUUCUCUAUCUAUUCUAUUCUAUUCAUGUCUAUCUAUCCGAGUUCUUUAUCUACCUAUCUAUCUAUCUAUCUAUCUAUCUCGCUUCUAUCUAUCUAUCUAUCUAUCUAUCUAUCAGUUUAUGUCUCUCUGUUGUCAGAUUAUCCAUAUCUAUCUAUCUCUCUAUCGAUGUAUCUAUCUAUCCAUCUUCUAUCUAUCUAUCUAUCUAUCUAUCUAUUUGCUAUUUUAUCUUAUUGGCUUUGUUCAUAUCUAACUAUCCAUCUAUCUAUUUACUCUGUUCAUAUCUAUCUACCUGGCUUUGUUCACAUCUAUCUAUCUAUCUAUCUAUCUAUCUAUCUAUCUAUCUAUCUAUCUAUCUAUCUAUCUAUCUCAGUCUGUUCAUAUCUAUCUAUCUAUCUAUCUAUCUAUCUAUCUAUCUGGCUUUGUUCUCAUCUAUCUAUACACCUGGCUUUGUUCAUAUCUAUCUAUCUAUCUCUCAUUUUGUUCAUAUCUAUCUAUCUAUCUAUCUAUCUCAGUCUGUUCAUAUCUAUCUAUCUAUCUGGCUUUGUUCCCAUCUAUCUAUCUAUCUGGCUUUCUCAUUUUGUUCAUAUCUAUCUAUCUAUCUAUAUCUGUCCGACUAUCUAUCUAUCUAUCUAUCUAUCUAUCUAUCUAUCUAUCUAUCUAAGUUCUCUGUUCAUCUAUCUAUCUAUCUAUCUAUCUAUCUAUCUAUCUAUCUAUGUAGCUAGCUUGUUUUAUUUCUUUCUUUCUUUCUAUCUAUCUAUCUAUCUAUCUCCUUCCUGUUCAUAUCUAUCUAUCUAUGGCAGCCACUCACAUAUUCACAACUUUCCUGCUAUCUAUCUAUCGUAUUCUCUUCAUUAUCUAUCGGUCUGUCUCUCUGUCUAUUUACCUAAAAUCUUUUUCUAUCUAUCUAUCUAUCUAUCUAUCUAUCUAUCUAUUCAUUUUCCUUUAAUAUCUAUCUAUCUAUCUAUCUAUCUAUCUAUCUAUCUAUCUAUUUCGGCCAACUCGCUGACGUCAGUUGUCUUUCCGCAAUGGAAACUGGAUCCGGUUCCGGAUACCCGAUUCUACACUACGACAUUUUUUUUUCUUUUUGUUGUUCGCUGUCUCGAAUUCUACAUAAGAAGUCGUUGUUUGACUGCAUCACUAACAGAAUUAUGA